AUGAUGGCAGUUGAUAAUGCCGCUAAGAGGUCUUCGAACGAGUUACCAGUGGCCAAAGAAACGAAAAAAAGGCGAGUAGAAUUUGUGGAUGCACAAGAUGGUCAAAAGAUGAGAAACUCAGAAGAAAACGCUGGGUUCUCAAUGAAAUUGUACAGCAAAUAUGUUAAAAAUGCGCUGGAAGAUUUAGAUGGGAACGACGCAUCUCAGAUAGAUACUUUGGCAAGCCAGUUGUCGCUUGGAGCAUCUGAUCCUCUAAGAAUAUCGCCUGAGAACUUUACGGUUCUAUUGCGUGUACUUUCGAAUAAUAUCAGCAAAAUUGAUACUCCAACGUGUACGUCGUUGAUCCAUUCUGUGAUAAGCUUUGAGAAGUGGUGGGAAUUGCCUGCAACUGCUCUAAGUACGUACAUAUUUUUCGUCAAGAUUUUGUGCUCGAGUUUGCCUAAAUGGUGGCAAGAGGUGUCUUACCUCCUGAUAUCGAAUUUCGUGCUCCCACCUGAAAAGACCCAACAACACCAUGAAAUGCUUAGAUAUUUUCUGCGAACCACUCCAUCGUCCACUGCUUUCAUCAAUUCGGAUAUUACCAAAUUGUUUCCAAAUAAAAAUGAUACCAAGAGGAACCUUUUAAACUACACGUCUAAUCUUCUCAUUCUUACAGAUUACUGUAAAGAAUUGCGAUUUCAAUGCUGGUCUUUGAUUGUGGAAAAAGUCAUUUCCAUAGAUGUCGAGUUGCAGAACGAAUUGGAUGAACUUGACGAUGAUUUGGAAGAAGAUAUUGACGAUGAAUUGGAUGACGCGGAAAGUGCCCAGGAGGAUGCAGUGCAAAUUAUGAAUGUUCCAAAUUCUGAUGACGAAGAUGAAUCCGAUAGAGAAGCCGACGAAAUAUUCGAAGGUGAAGAAGAGUAUAACGUUGAGAUCUCGCAAAAUAUCAAGGAAUUGUCAUUCAAAUUAGAUGCCAUAUUGGCGCUCAUUACGAAAAAGCUAUCUCAGUCUUUGACACCUGAAAGUUUGGAUAGUGGCGAUGGCGUGGCCAUUUUCAAUACAUUGGUCAGUUUGUUUCGGUCUCACAUUUUACCAACUUACUAUACCAAAUCUAUUCAGUAUAUCAUGUUCCAUGUUUCUCAGCAACAGCCCGAACUUAUGGACGCAUUCCUGGUCACUUUGAUUGACAUUGCAUUUACCACCACCGAAAUCAUUGAGAAACGGAUUAAAGCGCUUCAAUAUAUCGGAUCAUUCAUAGCUCGCGCAAAGAAGCUAACCAAUACUCAGAUCAUAUUUGUUGCCAGUUAUCUAACCUCAUGGCUUAACAGGUAUGUGCUCGAGAGGGAAGAGGAGGUUACUCAGCAUGGUGGAGUUGAAAGGUUCAAACAUUUCUACGCCGCUUUUCAAGCUCUCUGUUACAUAUUCUGUUUCCGACAUGCAGUCUUUCGCAAUGGCGAUAAAUGGGAGUGCGAUCUAGACAAAUUCUUUCAGUGGAUGGUUUUAUCGAAAUUCAAUCCCUUGAAAUAUUGUAAUGAGAAUGUUAUGAUGAUGUUCGCGCGCAUAGCCCAGCAUGAGGGACUUGUCUACUGCUUCAGCAUUAUCGAAAAUAACAAUAACGAGAGACUGAGAGGAAUCACUGGUAAAGCCAAAACGGAGGGUUCAUCCAGCUCCAUGAGUAACUGGACAUUGGCAACUCGUCAACAGUUCAUUGAUCUUCAAAGCUAUUUUCCCUACGACCCCCUUUUCCUUAAAACCUACAAAAGGAUGAUGAGAGAGUACUACAUCGAAUGGAGUGAUGUUAGUCGUGAAUAUGAAAGUGACGAGAGUGAAGAACUGGACGACAUAAAUAAAGAGUCAUAA